AUGGACGAGGACUACGACGACUACGACGAGUACAACGACGCCGCAGAUGACUGGGAGGCGGAAGCAGCGGAGGAAGAGGCACGCGAGAAAGAGAUCCUCGAGCAAAAGGCUCUCAUUGAGGAGCAAAAAAUACAGAAACGUGUCAAGGCGCCCGCACGUGUAAAGAAGGAAGAGGAGGACGAAGAGACGCUCGCUAGCGACAUUGCUCAGGCUCUCAUUGAGAUGAAAGAGAUGGCAAACAGUGUGGAUGAAGCAAGACGCCUGAUGGGAACAAAGGAUGACAGUGAUGAGAAACGCAUUGCCGACAUGCCCGCCAACACUGCGGAAGAGGCGGCAGCUCUGGGUGAGGCCAUUGCUGCCCGUGUAGGGCAGUUCGCCCUUUCGCCGCACUUCAAUGCGAUGAUUGGUGUUAUCUUUCAGGACCUUGCACAAGAGUUCCAGUCGCGCACUGUCAUGAACACAGAGGCGUCCAAGGUGCACGUGGCCAGCGAGGAGAUGAAGCGGCGCCUCAAGAAGGCCAAGAGGAAGAAGGGGGCACACAACAACGACGCCACAACUGCAACCGCCGCCGCCGCCGGGCAGGAGGAAGAGGAAGAAGCGGAGGAGAAGGGCGCACAUGAUGCAUUGGGCUUCGAUGCUGUCACCGACAAGGGCGGUGCUGCGUGCAUCAUGGAAGGUGAGGAUGACUUCAUGUGA